AUGAAAUACGGUAAAUAUUUAGCGUCACGACAAUUGGAAUUACCUGAAUAUUCCGGCCAUUUCAUCGACUAUAAGGCAUUAAAGAAACUCAUCAAACAAUUGGCUAUACCCUCAAAUAAAGAGAAUGUCGCAUUAGUGGUCAACAUCCAUCAAUCACUAAAGGAGAAUAAGGCGACAUUCUUUUUUAGGGUCGAAAGAGAAUUGGAUAAGGUCAACUCGUUUUAUCUUGAAAAGCAAGCAAAUUUAUCCAUCAACUUGGACUUAUUGCUAAGGAAGAAGGAACAAUUGUUCCUUAAGACUUAUGAUUAUAUCCAAUUGAUGAAGAAUGAUGCCGCCACAUUAAACGGAGGUCAAGGGAAUUCUUCAUCUUCUUCCAAUGGUGGUAGUAGUGGUGGUGGUGCCUCGAAUGAUAGUAACUUUCGAAAUUCCAUUUCUUACCUUAAUUUAUACCAAAACUUUAAGAAAAUCCAUCAGGAUUUGUUACGAUUGCAACAGUUUAUUGAAUUGAACGAAACUGGCUUCUCUAAAGUAUUGAAAAAAUGGGAUAAACGGUCCAAAUCUCAUACAAAGGAGUUGUUUAUCCUGACGGCUGUUAGUGUACAACCAGUUUUCCAUAAGAAUGAAAUCAAUGAUGUUAGUGAUUUGGUAACCCAAUCAUUGUUUGAUUUAGAAUCAAUAAUGGAUGGUGAUUACACUGCAUUGGAAACGUUUGCAGCUAAAAAUUCUCCUUCAAUUAAGAACUCUAUAGAAAGAUCAGAUUCAACGAGAAGAAGUGGUGGAAACUUUCCCGGCUCAGAAAGGCAUCAAUCGAUAGCUUCAAUGAGUGGUGGGACUUUCCUGUCAAGACCAAUGAUAAAUAAUCAAAUAGAUGAUCUUUAUUCAAGUUUCGUCAAUGUGGCUACAGUUCAAGACCCAACAGACACUUCACUACUUAAAAGAUGGUUAGAAAAGCUUAAAACGGUAUCAGAAGGUGGUGGUAGUAAAGAUGAUUUGUUUAGUGAAGAAACAAGAUUCAAAAUAUCGCGAAUAUUCUUAUUAUCCUUAUCCAAUAUAAGAAUUUCAGAUGUGUUUCUAGAAUCGUUUUUAAAAAUCAUCAAUUAUCAAGUGGACUUUACUUAUGUAAGUGACGAUUUCAAUAAUAAUAGAACCAUUAUUCAUGAAUGUUGCUCCAUUCCUCCAGCAACCAAACAUGAACAUGUCCCCAUUAAUAAUGGGGUUAGAGUUGUCAAUGCCAACGACUACAUUGCCCAUUCAAGAACAUUUAUCAUUGAUUACAUAAUGACCUUACAUUUAGAUGAAGAGUCCAAACAUAAUCUUCUUGUGGCAAAGGAUGGCAAUGGGAAAACAUGCUUACAUUAUGCUGCUCAAAAUAGUCGAUUAGACAUUUUAGACAUUGUUUUACCUAAUUUCCCAAAGGAAAAUGUGGACGAUUUAGAUAAUGAGUCAAUGUCUGCAUUAUUAUUGGCUAUAAAGAACCAGAACUUUACGGUUAUCCAAAAAUUAAUGGAACAUGGUAGUGAUUGUUAUCCAAAAUCAACAGAAACUCGUUUACAAUAUUUACCCAUAAAUUAUGCUUGUCAAGUAGGGAAUUAUGAGAUUUUGGAAUACCUUUUAUCAUUCAGCAAACCUGAUAAAGAGUUGAUCAAUCAACAAGAUGUUGAAGGACUUAUGCCUUUACAUGUAGUUGCUAGAUCCGGAAAUUACAAACUCAUUAAGUUAUUAAUUGAAUACGGGGCAGAAAUUAAUCGAUUGGAUGGACUUAAUAAAUGGUCUCCAAUAUUUUAUGCUGUUCUGGAGGGUCAUCCCAAAACAACUGAAGAAUUAGUUAAGUUGGGAGCUAGAUUAAAUUUAGUUGAUAAUGAUGGUUUCAAUGUCUUGUAUUAUUGUGUCGUUGAAGGCCAUAUUGAUGUGUUGAAUGAAUUAUUAAUCUAUAAGGAUUCAAUCUUUGAUGAAAAAAAGGAAUCAUUAGAUUCAAUUUUAAGUUCAACCCUUGAAUCCAAUAUUGAAAAGGAAUCAUCAAUGUCGAUCUUGGAUGAAGGAGAAGAUUCGGAAGAUAGCGGAAGUAUUCUGAAAAAUAAUGUUGAUUCAAUUCCAGAUUUACAAUUACCACCACCAGUCUUGCCCUUAAGAAGAUAUGGACAUAACUUUUUGGAACAAAAACUAUUAAUUGAAUUGAUCUUCCCUAGCAAUACAAGCUUUAUCAAAUUCUUUGAUUCAGCCACAGAUUUGAAUCCUGGUCGUAUUACUUUGACUUCAAAUAUAUCUGAUAUUGUCCCCAGAAACAUUUUACUUUCAGUGAGCGAUGGGAUCAGAGCAAAUGGAAAUAAUUGCAUAUUUCAAACCGAUUUAGAUUCGUUAACUGAUUUCCGUAUAGAUUUUGAAAUCUUUCCAAAGUUUGGUACUCGGUUAAUUGCAAAGACAACAGCCUUAUUAUUUUCACAAAUUGACCCAACCUCACCCAUGGUAAACUCUUUUCAGCUUCCACUUUUUGAUUUGCGUUUACGUAAUAUUGGAGAAUUAAAGGUUCAUUAUCAAGUGAUUUAUCCAUUUGCUGGUACUUUAUUGGAAGCCUCCAAGUUUGACACGUAUUGGAAAUCUUCAACCAGUGUUUUGAAGAAUAGACCAUCGAAAUUAAAUGCUGCUGGUGGAUUAUCUCCCAAUAGUAUCUUGUCACCUGUGAGUGUAAAUUCACAACUUGGAGGAGUAGGAGGGAAUGCAUUAGGAAGCACUGCAGUUCCCUCGACCAAUGAGUUGAUUAGUGGUUCAACUCCUUCAUCUGUGGUUACUGCAACUUCGUUAUCUGGAGAAUAUCUUCGGAUUAAAAUCUGCUUAUUGAAUGAUGGAACCCCAAUUGUCUGUCCUCAUUGGUCAAUUGCCAUUACUGAUAGUAUUGAGUUAUUCUUACCUAAUUUAUCACUUGAACAAUUGACUUCCAUCACCAAUAGCUUAUUUGACUAUAAUAAAGUGAUUCAAGAUUUAUCUGGUAUGACUAUUGAAGACUUACAAUUGAUCAAAUCUUUAAUAAGAAUCAUUUAUUUACCUUUGGACAUUGUGUUAGAUGUUCUUAGUCCCAGUAUCAAUUUAAAUAUGGAAAUUAUGUUUCCAUCUGCCUAUGAAUUGGAAGGGUUACCAUUUAAUGGAGGAAUUCAUAAGAAUUUGAACAAUUAUAUUGAUUUCACCCUUAAUGAUGUCUUUAAUCAUGUUAGAGAACUGAAAUUAAAGAGUAAGUCAAGGAUUGCCAGGUCUAUUAUCUUUCUUUCAUCAAAUUCACUCAUAUGUAAGAUUUUGAAUUGGAAACAACCAAACUUCCCUGUCUUCUUAAUUAUGAGUGGAAUCUCCUAUUCUCUUGAAAAGAAUAAAUUUGAAUCCAGAACUACAAAUGGGUUACUAAUUGAUUCUUUAGGUGCUUGUGGUGGUUCUGAUAUGAAUAACAAGCAAUCAUACAAUGGAGAUUCAGAAGAGAGCAUUUCCACAGCUCAUUUGAGGUUACAUGAACUGCAAAACGAUUUAAAUCAUCAAGAACUUGCUAUAAGGUCCAUCAAAGAAGCUGUUAAUUUCUCCAUUAACAAUAAUCUUAUAGGGAUAAUUACCUCUAUUCAUCUUUUGAAUUUGGUACCUAAAAUGAUCCCAUUAGUUAGGUCUCGAGGUCUUGUGUUAGUAGCAGCUAGUGACUUAAAUGACCGUGAAGCACACAAGGAAGAGUUCAAUUAUGAAUUGGAUGCUUACACUAAGACUGAGAUCAAUGGAUUGCGAUUUGAUGAUGUGUUGAGUUUUAAAGAAGAUAUAACUAUGUGA